GCACCUUCUCCUUUUAAUGGCCGGAUGCUCGCCAUGGACUGGACUGCCUGGCGACAUAUAUCUCAGAAUAUUGAAACUGUUGUCGUCAUCUGAUUUGCAUUCAUUGAUUUUGACAUGCUCUUCUUGGAAAGAGCUCAUUACAGGCAAUGAUUGCAAUAACGGAUUCAUCAAUUCCUAUUGGAGACACGUCUUGUGGAAGGAGUGGGGUAUCUGUUCUUCCAGGGUAACUUCUUUUGCCAAAGGGGGCAUGAUACCACGUGAUAUAUACCUUGCUUAUAAAUGGUCUAGAAUCAGUGUAGCCGACCUAUUUUUACCAUACAUGAAUAUAAAGAAAACCAACGAGAUUCCUCGAAUGAAAAGACGAGUUCAAUUGAGCGCUAUUUCAGCCUUUUGGGUUUUAGGGUUGUACCACACUAAUUCCUUAAACCACCAAUUCGAGGCUCAGUAUAGACAUGACUCGACUUCGUACUUUGGCAGAGUUCUGGAAAUUACAAACGUCUUUAGAAUUCAAAUAGAGGGAUCUGCGAGAGUGGCUGUCCCGGGAUAUUACAGAGUAUCAUGGCGCUUAAAGAUUGUAGACGCAGAACACGGUUUGGCGCCAUUAUUUUUCUAUACCAGUGUGUCAGAUUCUUUUCGAUCUGGGCCAAAGCCCAUGAUUAACCGAAAGGUUGAAAUCAGUAGAAGGAAUGUAGGAUAUUACAGAGACGAAGAUUUAAAGUGGUGUUAUGAAGAACUGGCACAUCCCGCGCUUACGAACAGAAAAAAUUUUGUUUACGAGUUUUGCCCUCCUCACUUUGUGGAUAAUAGGCAAAAUCUAGGAGAAGAGGAAGCCGGCGCUGGUGGUGAGCAGGCUAAUUUGCCCGCUAUUCCAACAUCCCAGACUUCGAAUGAGGGAACGCCUGGGCACACUGAUUCAGAGCAUCCCGCUGUUGGUAGCCAAGAACAAAUUCGAAUGAACGUUUGGUUCGAUUUAAUUGUGGGGUAUAUUCACGUACCGAAGAAGUGGAGUGGCGUUCGUUUUGCCGCAAUCAAUUCAGUUCCUGACUGGAAGAAUGGAUUAUGGGUAGACUACGUUUCCUUGCUUCCAGUGACGAAGAAGGAAUUCAAUAUGAAAGACAAACUUCCAAUGGGUUUUCAGGCUACUUCAGAUACAACGUUUGGUUUCGAUCACUAUAGAACAGCAGACCCCUUUCUUGCGCCUAAUAUGGAAGUUGACUAAGAAAAUAGUGCGUACUUUAGGAAGAACCAUCAAGUCAAAAAAGAUCACAUAUGGUCUACACAUAUAAAAUGUGUGUGCACAAGCCUCUCUAAACGUUGGGACUUUGCGAUGUCAACUCAGAUGAGCAAUCAUUUUUUUCGUCCAGCUUGUGAUAUUAGAUCUAUGAACAGAUACAAAAAAUAUUUUAGACAAGAAUACGAGCAACAUCAGCGAAUGGAGAAAAUGACAAUAGAUGCCAUGUGAGAAGACCUUACACCUUCGAGCAAGGGUUCGUUCGAGAGAGGUACAAGUACGCGAAAAUCAGAUUCUUAUUCGUAAUAAUAUAGGGUGAGAAAGUGAGAUGCAUAGAUGAUCUCACAUUUUCUCAAUGGAUUGACUUAU